AUGCGUCAUUUUUUUUCUCUGCAGACGCCAUUUUUCUUUCUUUUUUCUCUCUUUUUUUCGUAUCAUUUUCACAAACCAUAUCUAUCUAUCUAUUUCAGUCUGUUCAUAUCUAUCUAUCUAUCUAUUUCGGUCUGUUCCUAUCUAUCUAUCUAUCUAUAUAUCUAUUUCAGUCUGUUCAUAUCUAUCUAUGUAUCUAUCUAUCUAUCUAUCUAUCUAGGUCUGUUCCUAUCUAUCUAUCUAUUUCAGUCUGUUCAUAUCUAUCUAUCUAUCUAUCUAUCUAUCUAUCUAUCUAUCUAUCUAUUUCGGUCUGUUCCAAUCUAUCUAUCUAUCUAUCUAUCUAUCUAUCUAUCUAUUUCAGUCUGUUCCUAUCUAUCUAUCUAUCUAUCUAUCUAUUUCAGUCUGUUCAUAUCUAUCUAUCUAUCUAUCUAUCUAGGUCUGUUCAUAUCUAUCUAUCUAUCUAUAUAUAUAUAUAUAUAUUUCAGUCUGUUCAUAUCUAUCUAUCUAUCUAUCUAUCUAUCUAUUUCAGUCUGUUCCUAUCUAUCUAUGUAUCUAUCUAUCUAUCUAUCUAUCUAUUUCGGUCUGUUCCUAUCUAUCUAUCUAUCUAUCUAUCUAUCUAUCUAUAUAUCUAUUUCAGUCUGUUCAUAUCUAUCUAUGUAUCUAUCUAUCUAUCUAUCUAUCUAUCUAUCUAUUUCAGUCUGUUCAUAUCUAUCUAUCUAUCUAUCUAUCUAUCUAUCUAUUUCGGUCUGUUCCAAUCUAUCUAUCUAUCUAUCUAUCUAUUUCGGUCUGUUCCUAUCUAUCUAUCUAUUUCAGUCUGUUCAUAUCUAUCUAUCUAUCUAUCUAUCUAGGUCUGUUCAUAUCUAUCUAUCUAUCUAUAUAUAUAUAUAUAUAUUUCAGUCUGUUCAUAUCUAUCUAUCUAUCUAUCUAUCUAUUUUUCAGUCUGUUCAUAUCUAUCUAUCUAUCUAUCUAUCUAGGUCUGUUCAUAUCUAUCUAUCUAUCUAUAUAUAUAUAUAUAUAUUUCAGUCUGUUCAUAUCUAUCUAUCUAUCUAUCUAUCUAUCUAUUUCAGUCUGUUCAUAUCUAUCUAUCUAUCUAUCUAUCUAUUUCGGUCUGUUCCUAUCUAUCAAUCUAUCUAUCUAUUUCAGUCUGUUCCUAUCUAUCUAUGUAUCUAUCUAUCUAUCUAUCUAUUUCGGUCUGUUCCUAUCUAUCUAUCUAUCUAUCUAUCUAUCUCAGUCUGUUCAUAUCUAUCUAUAUUAAUUUAUUCAUAUCUAUCUAUUUAUGCGUAUGUGAACAUAUUAACGUGUACAACAUUUUAA